CAGCUGAUUACACCUUUUUGCCGCCGCCGCGCGCUCGCCCUGAAGCAUUGUGAUGCAAUUUUGUUGUUUUUCAGGCCUAAAAAGUGAAAGUUUUCACUGAUAAGCCUACUCGAAUUCCAAAACCGCCCAGCGCCCCGACCUCCAGAGCCAUCCCGCUUUUGUUGGACCAAGAAUUCCGAACGGCGGCGCACAUGGAGCAGGGCUGAAGCUGACCCUUCCACUUCCACAUUUCCAUUUCCCAAAAAAAAAGAAAACCCGUCGAGUGUUCAAAAAACAGAUAAGAUAGAGCUUUGAGGAUGCAGCGCCUCAUGCCAGCGACCUGGAGUAACGGGGGCCACCUGCUGCCUUUUCGCGUCUCCACCACCACAAAGGUUGUCAUCUUCUCGCUGACGGCCGGCGUGGCUCUUAUGGGCGUCCUCUCCCGAUUUCUGCGACGACGCAAGCCGCCGCGUCCUCCUCGCCGGGCGAGGAAAUACACAGGACGGCGGAACCGCAACAGCAUGCGCAGUCCCAAUGACCUCAUAUCUAUAGCUGGGUCCAAGGCCUCGGCAAGAUCGGGCAGUCCCGUUGGCUCAACAAUUGCCUACUCCGAUCGCCUGUCCAUGGCCUCGGGAUCAAUUGGAGUUGGUGUGCUGGGCAGCAGCAUAGCUGGCGGCGGCGCCGUCAGUGGACAGAAUGCUGGACCCGGUGGGGGAACGAUGGUAACGCAGCUUACAGCCCAACAGUUGGGCAUGAUGGGCAUGGAAGCCCUGGAUACGGUAAUCAAUUUCUGGGAGGAUGCCCUGGCUGCGCACUAUUCGCCCGGCGGUCUUCCUGCCCUGCUAACAACGGCAGAGGACUCUGAGUUCUGUCGCGAAAUCCAGAAUCUGCUUGAGAUGGCGUAUACUCUGCAGGAACAGAGCGAGUUGCUCUUCCUCGACCAGCGAUCGGUGCUGUUCCGUGAGGAGCAUUCCAUAGACGAGGCGGAGGAGACGGGCGAGACGGACGAUGACCACCGGUCACGCAAAUCCGGCAGUGUUCUGAGCCGCGCUGGCUCUGAUCCGAAUUUCGAUUCGGCGGAGAGCUUUGCAUCUGCUCUCGACCAAGUGGCGGAUCUGCGGGAGUUUGAUGGCUUCAUCGAGACCUCGUACGAGGAGUAUCCUCUAUUCCAGACCGCCCUCAAGCACCAUGACGAGUACACGGUGCCAUGUCGCACCAUUCGGGCGGAACUAAUGCACUGCAGCAGCGAUACCGAGUAUCUGGCCAAGCUGCAUUGCGUCCGCUUGGCCUUCCAGUUCCUGUUCAAGGAUCCGGCUGUCGGCCAAUGGAUCUGCGAUGCCGGUCGCCAGAUACUCACCGAUCUGCUGUGCCUCGGCGACAAGGACACAAAAGAGUUCCUGGUGGGCUAUGAGGAUAUGGUGAAUUUCCUGCGCGACAGCAACAACUGGCCGUGCAUACAGCUGGAGCUGGAACAGCGCAACGUCAAGGCGAUGACCUUCUACGAUAUCUGUCUGGACUUUAUCAUCUUGGAUUCAUUCAAGGAUUUGGAUGCACCGCCUGCCAGUGUUACGGCGGUGGUGCAAAACCGCUGGCUGUCCAAUGGAUUCAAGGAGACGGCUCUUACCACGGCAGUGUGGUCGGUGCUAAAGGCGAAGAAGCGGAUGCUGAAGUUUCCCAACGGCUUCAUGUCUCACUUCUACGUGAUAUCCGAGCAGAUAUCGCCGCUGAUGGCUUGGGGAUUCUUCGGGCCCAAUGAAAACUUGCGAGAGAUUUGCCACUAUUUCCGGGAGCAGUUGCUUGCCUUUUUGGCCGACAUAUUUAGCUUCCAGAAGAGUCGCUUCACUACCAUCGAGGACUUCUCGCAGGACGUGCUGCAGCACAUGCAGUCGCGUGUGAAUAAUAUUGGCGUAAAGUUUAGUCAGUAGGUCGAGCUGAGCGCUAGCGCCGGUCCUUGAUUUUUUAUGUACUAUUCUUCUACCUGGACUUCUCUUUUUUCUUUUCGGUUUGUUUAGUUCAAUAGUUUCCCUAAGAAUUAAUGCUCCACAAAAAGUUGACUAAUUUUAAAGCCUCAUCCCAGCAUCCAAACAUCAUCAUGUAUGAUUAAGCUGCAUUUACACAAAUCGCCAAACACAACAAUUGUAAAAUAAAGCAUCAAGCAAAAAAAAUACAA